CGCUGAUCAGCGUCGCCAGCACCAGCCACUCGUCAUGACCGACAUCUGCACAAACGGAGAAAAAUAUGUUGGUGAUAUCAAAGGAGGGAUGAAACCAGCCAUGAAGAUCACCAUCAUGGGAGUUGUAGACGUCAGACCCAAGAGCUUUACAGUCAGUUUGCUGUGCAGUCCCGAAGAUGCGGAGGAAGACGUGGCUCUUCUACUGACAGUCAACUUCCAAGACAGAUCUAUAAUCCGAAAUGCCAAGUUUGCAGGAAUUUGGGUUGCAGAAGAGAAAAAAAUUCCAUAUUUUCCCUUCACUCCUGGAAACAACUUUAAGGUCUAUGACAUUGUUCUCCAGGUCCCAGUAACAGCAGCUGGUUUAUCAUAUCAUAUGACAUCUUCACAAAAUAUAAGGAAAAAUAUGAAUAUCUCAUGGGAUUAUAGGAACAUGGGUUGGGAUGUUUGA